CGCGUCAUCUGGCAAGGCAGUGGGCACCGAGUCACCAGGCACGACAGUGGGCUCCGAGUCAACUGGCAUGACUGCGGGCACUGGGUCAGACAUUGGAUCGUCUGGCCCGACAGCGGGCAUCGGGUCACCAGGCAUGACAGCGGGCACUGGGUCAUCAGGCAUGGGAUUGUCUGGCUCGACAGCGGGCAUCGGGUCACCAGGUAUGACAGCGGGCACUGGGUCACCAGGCAUCAGGUCAUUUGGCUCGCCAGCGGGCACCGCGUCAUCUGGCAAGGCAGUGGGCACCGAGUCACCAGGCACGACAGUGGGCUCCGAGUCAACUGGCAUGACUGCGGGCACUGGGUCAGACAUUGGAUCGUCUGGCCCGACAGCGGGCAUCGGGUCACCAGGCAUGACAGCAGGCACUGGGUCAUCAGGCAUUGGAUCGUCUGGCUCGACAGCGGGCAUCGGGUCACCAGGCAUGACAGUGGGUACUGGGUCAUCAGGUACCGGAUCGUCUGGAUCGACAGCGGGCAUCGAGUCAACUGGCCUAAUGGAAUCAUCAGGCUGGAUCAGCUGGGUAGAGGCAUCAGGCUGAAUUGUGGGCGCCGAGGCACCAGGCUGCACCAC